UGAUAUCGGAUGCCAUUACAUCUAUUCUAGUUACGAGUAAAUUGUCGUAUUUCAAUUUGAGGCAUUUUAUUGAAGUUGCGUUAACCUUAGAUGAAGGAGUAUGGUGUCGAUUUGGUCUAUUUGGUAUGGAAUGUAGAUAUUCAAAGGAACAAAUACUUUUACUCGUAAGUGGUUCUUUGGGAGAAUUCGUAGAUGUAGCAGAAUGCGUUUAA